GCGCGGGUCCGUUGCCGUGUGAGGGCGAUGGCGGCGGCCGGGCCGAGGGGGCGCGGUGGGCGAGCCCCGGCCCUCGACACGCUGAGGCUGGCCCUGCUCCUCGGAGCCGCGGCGGGCUCUGCCCGGGCCGCCGUGUACUUCCAGGAGCAGUUUCUGGACGGAGCCAACUGGCAGAGGAGGUGGGUGAACUCCGAGUACAAGCCGGACUUCGGGAAGUUUAAACUCACAGCUGGGAAGUUUUAUGGAGAUCCAGUGCGAGAUAAGGGUCUACAAACCAGUGAAAACUCUAAAUUUUAUGCUAUCUCCUCACGAUUUAAACCAUUUAGCAACAAAGGGAGGAGUCUAGUCAUUCAGUAUACUGUGAAACAUGAGCAGAAGAUAGAUUGUGGUGGGGGAUAUGUUAAGAUUUUUUCCUCAAACUUGGAUCAGAAGAACCUUAGUGGAGAUUCGCAUUAUUACAUCAUGUUUGGGCCAGAUAUUUGUGGAUCUGAGACAAAGAAAGUCCAUGUUAUUUUAAAUUACAAGAAUAAACCCCAUCCAGUCAAGCAACCGAUCAGAUGCAAGGUUGAUGGAUAUACACAUCUAUAUACUUUGAUUAUAAGGCCAGAUCAGACCUAUGAAGUAAAAAUUGAUAACGAAAUGGUUGCAUCCGGCAACUUAGAAGAUGACUUAGAUUUUUUGCCACCAAGGAAAAUUAAUGACCCAACAGUGAGGAAACCGUCUGACUGGGAUGAUCGAAUCCAAAUUGAUGAUCCGAAUGACAUCAAGCCUGAGGACUGGGAUGAACCUGAAUACAUUGUGGACACUAGUGCUGAGAAACCUGAAGACUGGGAUGAUGCUGUGAAUGGGGAAUGGCGUCCUGUCGUCAAGAAUCCUCUAUACAGGGGGGAGUGGAAACCCAGGCAGAUCGAUAACCCAAAUUACAGAGGAGUUUGGCCUCAUCCGCAGAUUGACAAUCCGAAUUACUCGCCAGACUUCAGCAUCUACAGCUAUGAAAAUAUCAGCAUCAUUGGGCUAGAUAUCUGGCAGGUGAGAGCUGGCACAAUUUUUGACAACUUCUUGAUAACAGAUGAUGAGGUUUAUGCAGAAGACUUCGGAGGUAAAACAUGGGGCGAAACAAAGGGUCCUGAAAAGGAAAUGAACAUGAAGCAGACUGAAGAAGAGCAGGAGAAAGAAAGGGUUACAGAAGAGAAAUACUUUGAGCAACGGUUUAAGAAAAAGCUAGGGAGAAAAAAAGAAUCUGGAAAGAACAGAGCACUGAGGAACGCUGUUGAGAAGGAAGAGCUUUAAUUGUUACUUGAAAGAAGUUCACUUUU